AUGGGGAUCAUGGUGCUCACACCACCACGGCGGAAGACACAACAGAGAAGCUUGGCGACGGUGGCCGUGCAGUCGGGCGGCGCCCCGGCUCCGUGGUUCUACCUGAGGAACGAUGAUGAUCUCCUUCCUGCCUACAACGGCCGCCUGAUCAUGGAGCACCCGAAGAACUGGACGUAUGGCGUCGUCCAAGUUCAUCAGUCGCGGCUCAACCCCCUCCUCGACGCCUUGAAGAAACUACGUGUGGAGGGUCUAUCCGCCGCUCUCGGGCCGAUCGACGUUCGGUCCUCGAGGCCUCCAGUAAAGGAGGACAGGGUCGACCGUGACAAGAGGCGUCAAUCCACAGAAAAGCAGAAGUCUGCAAAGGACUCAGAAAAGAAAGAGAAGAAGAAGAAGAAUCUCGACCGCCAAUCGUUAGAGGCCCAGCCUUCAAUGGCGAAAAGGCUUAAAGUGGGCGCGGCCUCUAGAGAUUUAGGCUCCUCCGACCCUCGACCGCCGACCGGUGCUGAGAGCGCCCAGCCCCGUCCCCUGGCGGGUGAGUCUGCCCCAUCGUUGCCAAAGUGGGUCGGGGCGCCUCACCCGCAAGGGCAGGAGGGAGCCCCCGAGCCUGCCCGUUCAGGGGUUGAGGCCGAUCCUAUCACUAUAAGUGACGGGUCAAGCGGCGAUGGGUCUUCGAGGGAUGCCCGCCCCAUGGACGAGGAGGUUGAGGCCUUUCCCACCGCGAGGCGGACGCCUUGGCCCAUCGGGCUCCACUCUGUCGAAGAGCAGAGGAGGAAAGAGGAAAGAGAGCGCGAGCAGGAGGCGCGGCAACAGCCGCAGGAGGAACAACAGCUGCAGCCGAAGGGAGGAGAAGUGGGGCAGCCGUCAGCAGGUCCCCGGAUAGAGGAGCUGCUGGAGCAGGACCGUCACCAGGAGCCGCAGGAGCCCCAGGAGCAGCAACAGCAGAGGGGCCAGCAGCUGGAGGAACCACUCGAGCCUCCUCCUCACAGUCCGCCCCAACCAGUACCACCGGCGCAGCAAGAGCCCGAGAACCAGGAGGAGGAUAAUGUCGCCAGAUCUUCAGAGCAUGGACUAUAG